CUUCUUAUGUAAUUCAUUUCAUGUUCAUUUCAUAUACUAAUAACGUAUAUUAAAAAACCAUGGAAUAUACAAGAAAAAAAAAAAAACUUUUUUCUGUUGGGUUUUGGUUUUCAUCAAAGAGGCAGGACAUUUUGAUUUGAAAUGUCAAGUCUGUGGUAAUGGUGGGGGUUUGAUUUCUCCAUAACUGUCAUCAUCCUGAGUGUGUUUCUAGUACUAGUGGGUUAUGGGUUGAAUAUAUAAAUACAAGUUCUUGUCAUGUCAGUGAUGAGCAGAGUUUAGUAAUGGCAUUGUGGAGUCAUCUCGGCAGGGUUCUUAUUCAUUAAUCUUUUAUUCAGUGUCUUAAUGGUCUAACGAAUCAUAGGCAUUCUCUUCUUCCGUCUCCCUGGUCUGGCCUAUGUUUUCUGAUCUCUCUUUCAAGGCUUUGAAGAAGGGUUUUGCAGGGAGUAGUCUUUAGGGUCGAUUCAUGGCUGCUGUGCCAGCUUUGUUGUACGAUGGAGAUUUUUCGGGCUCUGUGUCUCUAUCUGUAACAAGUCUGAGAACCCAUAACAGUUUUGCCAAGAACAGUGCAAGGGAGACAUGGUUGAGAGGGGAAGAGGAACGGACGAACAGAGUCCGAGUUGUAGGAGAGAUUUGGCAAUAGUGUCAUCUUCUUCUUCUGCAUGUUAUGCAAGCCCAUUACCCGUUAAAGAGGCACCGUCAAACUUCCGUCCGUAUCCUUCACCCCUUGCGAAGUACCAGGAUGUUAUAGCAGACCGAAAGCUUUUCAUGGAUUCCUUGGAGAAUCUCCAUAGUACCAUGGGAACCAAGUUUAUGAUCCCCACAAUAGGUGGCAAAGAACUAGACUUACAUCGGCUCUUUGUAGAGGUUACUUCCCGAGGUGGUCUCGAACAGGUCAUUAGAGAGAGGAGAUGGAAAGAAGUAACUGCUGUUUUCAGUUUUCCCUCAACUGCUACAAAUGCAUCUUUUGUCCUGCGCAAAUACUACAUUUCCUUGCUUCAUCACUAUGAGCAGAUUUACUUCUUUGGAGCCCAAGGUUGGACCUCACCACCUGCUGUUCCCUUGCAGACUCCAUCUCCCACGUCAGUUCCACCUCAAAGGUCAGUUGAACAAGUGCUACCAUCAGCAGAAGCUCAUGCAAGUAUGACAGUCAAACGAAGGAAAAGUACUGCGGAGUUAAUGCCUGGUGCAAGUCCACCUCCACCAAUGGGUUGUCCUGUGGUUGGAGUCAUUGAUGGAAAAUUUGAACACGGUUAUCUUGUCAGUGUUAUGGUUGGUACACAGCAGCUAAAAGGUGUCCUGUAUCAUGCUAAUGAACUCUCAGUUGGCCAGGUGCCACAGUAUUCUGGUUUUCUUGUCAAUAAUAGUAGCAGGGAUGUUGCAGCUGUGGGCACACGCCGCCGUAGGCGUCGAAAGAAAUCAGAUAUGAGAAGGCGGGAUCCUGCCCACCCAAAACCGAACAGAAGUGGCUAUAAUUUCUUCUUUGCUGAGCAGCAUGCGAGGCUGAAACUACUUCAUCCUGGAAAGGAUAGAGAAAUCAGUAAAAUGAUUGGCGAAUUAUGGAACAAACUGACGGAGACUGAGAAAGCUGUUUAUCAGGAAAAAGGCUUUAAGGAUAAAGAGAGGUACAGAAGUGAAAUGGAAGUAUACAGGGAGAGACAGAGAACUGGAAUUAUCAGUGAUGCUGUUCCAAUCCAGCAGCGGUAUACAGUGCCUGAUGUAGCAAUGGUGGAAGCACAUCCAAACAUGGAUGCUGAGGGUGACUCCCUUCAAACAAUUGAAAGUGAAACUAAUUCCGGGCUAUCUGUUUCCGAGGAGGAGAAGACUGCGGGUAAGGAUUCAGAAGUUGAAAAAUCUCUGGUGGCAGGAAAUGGUUCUGAAUCUACCAAUGCAGCUCCAAGUGUCUCAACUGAGGGAGAUGAUUUUGAGUUGCGGAAGAGGGAUCUGAAGGUAGAUGAGAACAAGGUUCAGGGUACAUGAUCGGAGAACGUUUCAGGAUCAAUAAUAUAAGAAUCAGUUUCUUGUGAGGCUAUUGAUCAGAUGAGGAAGUUUUUUAUAUUCUUGGAAGCAUGUUGGCCCCAGUCAUUCAUCACUUUGUGAUGCAUGUGUAGAAUCAGGUUACUGUCCAACUUUGUUUUAGGAUGUCUUUGUAAAGUAGGUCUGUGGUUACAAGUGAUGUUUCUUGUUUUGUGGAAGUGCUUCCCCCCACUCCCCCACACCCCAAAACCAGAAUUUAGAUGGUAUUGUAGUUAAAAAGUGUGUAAUGCAUUCAGUAUAGUAAACUUAUUUUCUCUGGCAAUUUGUUCAGUACAUAGAGAAACAGCAUUAAAUGUUUCUGAUA